GUGCGUUGCGUUGACCGUGUUUAUGUUAACGUUUGUACAGUAAUUCCAUGUUAAUGCUUGUACAGUAAUGUUUAUGUUCAUGUUUAUGUUAGCUUACCGGUCGGAAACUUCUCAGGAUAUGCUAGCUAAUCACCUGAGCAGGUGAGAUACCCUAGAACAGGUUUGCCUACAGGAAGCGAAGAUAAGAGUUAUUGAAAUACUCGUUGACUAAUCAAAGAAAAAUUGGCAGAUUAGUCGACUACCAAAAUAGUCUUCUGUUGCAGCCCUAGUGCAAAUAGAUCCAUAGUUAGGGAUUGUGUUGUUCUUAUGUAAAUACACAGGAAUAGGAUAACGUACAAGAAGACUGUCUUACAGCCCUAUCCACAGUGACUAUGUAUUUUUCUUUGGAGAUUCAGGGUGGAAGGAAAACACUGAAAGAGAAAUAAAUAUUUGUUAACAGCAUGACGUUCUCACAAUUGAGACCCCUGUAAGGGAGGAAAGGGGUUUUUCUUUUGCAAUCUACUGGAGUUUGUGAGCCUAUUUUCAUUAAGAAAAUGCAAGUUAAUCAUUUUGCAGCUGGACGUUUGAAUUGAACCCAGACCACGGCCAUUGUAUCAUCCCCUUUGCAUGUUGUUGUAAGGAGUUCUUCACUUUCCUCUCAAGUCCAGCACAGAAGCAAAUGAUAAAACCAUCUCCUGCUCUAACAUGAACCUUAACCAUCGUGUACACUUUAUGUAAUCAAAAAGAUGAACUUCCAUGAACCAUUGUAGUCAUUUUAAAGUGCACUUAGAUGUAAUACUACAAAUUAGUUUACAAAAAUAUGAUAUUGUGCAUACAUUGAUUAUCUCAAAUUUAGAUGUUUCAUUUGAGCUCAGUCUUUAGAAAAUGUCAUUGUCAACUAACAGCUGAAAUUAGUUUUUUAUGGUUUAGAUCUAUAAACAUUUAGACUACAUUGUAAAGCUGAAGAAUUUGACUGUAACACAAUGAAAGGAAACUGAAACCAAAUACUGCUGAAGCUCUUUUGCCAGAGGGUAGAGAUCAAGUUACGUGAGCUGACAUUAAAACAGACAAGGGGAUUUUUUUUUUUUUUUUUGCAACACUAACAAGCUGUUUGUUACAUGAGGAAAGCAAAACUAAAAACAAUAGGCAGAGCGAGUUAAGAGUAGGUAUUUUAGUAAUCACCUUCUGUUCAUCCAGAGACUCCCUCAUGAGGGCCAACUUUCUGAGUUCAGAUAAGUUUCAUUUUCCAGUUUCCACGUGACAUGGGCAGUCCAAACAAAAUUGAAAACAUCACCAGCUUGCAACUGUCUUGUGACGGCUGAAAAAGAGACAAAACUACACAGAGCUUCGUCACUGUAUCUGUAUUCUAUGCCACGCAAAAAUAUUACUGAACAAAAGGGCACUGCGAAAUGGCAGAUUGUAGACUGCAUAACUACCAGCAGGAAGUGGUUGAAAGGGCUCUUAAAGGAGAGAACAUCAUAAUAUGGUUACCGACGGGAGGUGGAAAGACCCGCGCUGCAGUGUAUGUGGCCAAAAAACACCUGGAGACCAAACCAAAUGCUAAAGUGAUGGUCCUCGUAAACAAGGUUCAUCUUGUUGACCAACACUACAACAAAGAGUUUGAGCCUCACCUGGGUGGUACCUUCAUUAUUAAGAAAGUCAGUGGAGAGAAUAAGGAAAAGGACUUUUUUGGGUUAGUGGUGAAGCAGUCACAAGUAGUCAUCUGCACAGCACAGAUCUUGUACAACGCUCUGAUUAACAAAGAGGAAGCAAGACAUGUCGAGCUCUCAGAUAUUACUCUGCUGAUAAUUGAUGAGUGCCACCAUACUCAGAAGGAGGAAGCCUACAACAAAGUAAUGAGACUCUAUGUGGAGAAAAAGUUGAAGGGAGAAAAACCACUGCCACAGAUCUUGGGCCUCACAGCAUCCCCAGGAACAGGAGGCGCAAAGACCCUGGAAAAGGCUGUGGAGCAUGUACUGGAGAUUUGUGCCAACUUGGACUCAGUCAUAGUUUCAGCUAAAGAAUAUGCAUCUGAACUGAAGGAAGUGGUGCCCAAACCCAGAAAAAGCUUCAAAAUUGUAAAAGAAAGACUUAAAGAUCCGUUUCGUGAUCAUCUGAUAUCGAUGAUGAACAGCAUCCACAGUCACAUGAACCUUCCCCCAGACUUCAGACUUAAAGAGUGCGGAACGCAAGAAUAUGAGGCAGAUGUGGUGAAUCUAGAGCAACGAGGCGUACAGGAGAAAAACAGGCUGCUUGCACAAUGUGCGUUACACCUAAGGCAAUAUAAUGAUGCCCUCCUCAUCAAUGACACCUUACGGAUGAUUGAUGCUUAUCGCUCCUUAGAGGAGUAUUACUCCAAAAAGAGAAACAAUCCCAUUGAUGGAACAGACACCUUCCUGUUGGAACUUUUUGAAGAGAAUCAGGUGGAGCUAAAGAACCUUGCUAUGGAUUCUCGCUUUGAUAACCCAAAGAUGGAUGAACUUCAGAGCACUCUGUUACAACAGUUUGGGUCAGGUGACCCAUCAAGGGCAAUCAUCUUCAGUAAAACUCGUAAAAGCACCCAAUGCCUGAAAGACUGGGUCCUCAAAAACAGGGCAUUGCAGGAAGCUGGCAUCAAGGCAGACAUCCUCAUCGGCGCUGGUAAUGGUAACACCUACAUGACACAGAAUGAACAGGCAGAAACAAUCAGGAAUUUCCGUAUGGGUUCUCUGAACCUCCUGAUCUCCACCAGUGUGGCUGAAGAAGGUCUUGAUAUACCUGAAUGCAACCUGGUGGUGCGCUACGGACUCCUUACUAAUGAGAUCGCCCAGCAGCAGGCAAGUGGACGUGCACGAGCAGAAAACAGUCAGUAUGCAGUCGUAGCCCAAGCAGGCGGGCGUGAAGAUUGCCGAGAGCGCAUGAAUGAAUAUCUGGAGGAGCUGACUGGUAAAGCCAUUGACCGUGUGCAAACUAUGACCCCUCAAGACUUUUGCACAAAGAUUAUUCAGCUUCAAGAGAUGGUAGUCACUUGCACCAAAAUUGAACAGAGGCGCCAAGCAGAGAAGAGGAGUCGUAACACUGCUUCCAGUAUCCAGCUCUUGUGUCGAAGCUGUUUUGCCCCUGUGGCUUCUGGCAGUGACAUCAAGCUAGUUGAGAACAUGUACGUCAACGUCAACCCUGACUUUAAGAAACACUAUACAUUUGGAGACCAACUGACUCUAGAAAGAAGCUUUGAGGACUGGGAGCCUGGGUGUACAAUCAGCUGUAAAAUAUGCAGCAAGAAAUGGGGAAAUGAAAUAAAGUACAAGAAGUGUGCCAUACUGCCAAAUCUAGCCAUUAAGAACUUUGUUCUGGAGAGCCCUGGUCAAGAGCGGCUCCCAGUGAAGAAGUGGAAGGAUGUACCUUUCACUGUUGAGGAGUUCAACUUUAAAGAGUACUGCCAGGAAAAUUUCUUGCUCGAUUAAGACAUCAAUAAGAGAGCUCUGUGUGGGUUUUCCUAUUCUCGAGUUUCUUCUAACAGAUUUGCUCCACAGAUGUUAAGUCUUUGUUCUGCGAGCCCUGCAUGCCAAAACCUUUAAUGCACCAAUCAUGCUUGUAAUUAUUUGCAUUUGUUUUAUACAUAGAGUAUUUCCUCAUUUACAUCUCAAGUCAAGUACAGAAGCAAAGAACAUGAACCAUCAUGAGCAUUUGACAUGUCACUAAGAAAAGAAUUUUUAGCUAUUUUACAAUUAGUUUGGAUGUAAUAUUACCAAUGUGUGUUUGAAUUAUGUAAGUGGGAGUACAGUGAUCAUCUGACAUUUAUAUAAAUACUUAUCUUAAUGUUAAGAAAUUGUCUACUAAGUCUAAAUCCCUUUUUGUGUGUUUAAUAUGAAUUAAUGUUACAUUAAUUAAUAUCAAAUAAAAUCAGACAUGUCUUUUGAAAUGAUUAAUUUUGACUUUAUUAGCCAGUAGGUGUCACUGUUGGAUAGCCAAUGUUCACAAUCUGCAAAACGCUACAGUUCUCAUCUGCCCUCAUUACUGCUAACAAAUGGUGUGACUAAAGCCAGGAUUGAAGCUUUCCAUGUGGAUUUUCACACUAAAAAAUUGGUCCUCUAUGGCCCGGGGCUCUGAUGUAAUAGAAGUGAGUCUGAAUACAUAGAUAAAGUAAAGAUAAGGCUGAGAAAGAAUGAAUGUGUGACUCUACUCACAGUCAAACUUGUCAAAACCCUUGAGCAAGGCAUUCAUUCCCCAAAUGUUUCAGUGAAGUUUCUCAUUAGCAACUACAUUGAGAUGGUAUAGUCUCCUGAUGUAUGUGUGGAGCAUAGCAAAGAAAAUAUUGUGCACUCUUUUCAUUCAACUGAUGUACAAGAAAAAGCAUUAUAUGAAAAGGUGGUACCUAAAAACACCGUCCUCAAAGACCGUCUGUUUACAUAUUUAAACUAUAACCUGAAUGCUGCCAUGAAAUGUUUUGACUGUUUCAGAUCACCAUGCUUCUUCUGCAUCGCUAGAUCAAUAUGUCCUUAUGCAUUUCAGCUUGGAUCAUUUAACAUCAAAUAAACAG